AUGACUGCCCACGGAGAUCCGACUGUCGGGCACCUUGUCGAGCAGCUCGCCAUUGGCUUCGAUGCUCUAUCUUCGGAGUAUCGUAUUCUGCACGAUAGACAUCGCGAGCUCGAAAACAAGCUCGUCUGGGCAAAGCAACAGUACUUAGACCUCCUGAAGCGAUUCACUCCCGAUAUUGCUCUCCAAGAUCACAAAGUGUUCGUUCAGAGCCUGGAGGAAGUCGAAAGACACGGCGAAGGGGGACCGUUGGACUGGCUUGACGCCCUCGCGCAAAGCAAUGAUGGUGACCGGAGGACUGGUGCCUACAUCAUCCGACAAGCCGAGCGUGCUCGCGACCAAUUGAAAUAUUAUCGUCCAUUGCAAAGUCCGCUGAAAGAGGCGGAAGGCGUGAAGAUUUGGAACGGCCGAACAGGCGAUCGAGCGUCCGACAGGAUUUCAAAGCUCGAAAGUCUGAGGCAGGCUGCUUCUGCAGCGGGACUAGAAAGAGAUUUCACCACUCCUGGCACCCCUGGGAAACUUGGUUGUCCUUUCGGCGCAUCCAGCAUGCGAGGCCGGUCGACGAGCGGAAGAGGAAGCCUGGGCACACCUAGCCGCUCUCAGUCCAGAAUACUUCCUCAUGCCAUGCGGUCAAAGCGUUCGUCCUUUAAUGACCCCAUCAGGGCAGACAUAUGUGCAAUCGAGCCACCGCAAUCUCCAGACCCAUCAGUCUCAGGCUCGGCUCAGGCAGUGUGUCCGAUCCGUUUCAUGGAUGAUCACUCGCCGGAGGAAAUAGCAAAAUACUUUGAGAAUCACAAGCAUGAACUGCCUCGUAGCCACGAGGUCUGCAUCAAACGCUUCCAGAGCAACGCCGAGAGCAUUCGCCAGUUGGAUGCAAAAUAUGGCAACUUGGUCAACAUGAUCCAGGGUCUGGGGGAGAAGCACCAGCCAAUGCUGAAGGAAUCGCCGACCGAUGAGGAUGCAGUAGUCGAGACUGAGUCUGGCGGCAGAGUUGCGGAUUGGGCCAAGGCUGUCAGCACAAGUGCUCAAGCUGGCGGUGAAGCAAGCCCAGAUCCAGAACAACCUCUGCCAGAGGAGGAGGAGGAGCGACAGCCGCACUUCGACAGGCCUCUGAAAGACAUCCGCGUCGGCGAAUCCCCCAGUCGGCCUUGGGGAAUCACGGUCCCAGCAGCAUACAACAAGCCUCCCAGCAUAGCCACUGAUGGCGUUGCUACGGCGUCUCCCGUGCAAGACUCACCUCCCGCGCCUCCCGUUCCUCCUGUUGCAGAAAACAGAAAGCCUGGGAAGUGUCCUUUCGACCACACCAAACUUCGUGGAGGCCCGCCAGUUGCGCCGAAAGUGGAGGGUAAACCAGAUCCUGAACCAGAGCAAAAGACGCUUCGACCGGACGCUCCAACGAUUCAGCCGCCUCAGGACGAAACAAUCCCCGGACCAAACAUCAUCAAGCCAGGGCAGAGCUCAUCACAUUCCCCUCAAAUGGUAUUCACUGGUCCAGUCUUCAUUGGCUACUCUAUGGAGCAGGCAUUAGCACUUCUGCAGCAGACCAAUAUGGUGGGGAAGGCAGGAUGA